AUGCUCAAGAGCGGCGUCGCUCGUAGCUUGGGCAGGUCUGCCUUUGCUCGACCUUCCUACACCCGACGCGCCUUUGAACCUCUUCGAAGACAAGUUGUUCCUGCUAUUGCACAGAGGUGGGCCUCCACGGACUCUGCAAGAGAUGGCAAGAUCCAUCAGGUCAUUGGUGCUGUCGUUGACGUCAAAUUCGACACCGAACAAUUACCCCCUAUUCUCAAUGCGCUUGAGACCGAUAACAAUGGAAGCAAGUUGGUCUUGGAAGUUGCGCAACAUUUGGGCGAGAACGUUGUGAGAUGCAUUGCCAUGGAUGGUACCGAGGGUCUUGUCCGAGGCCACAAAGCCACCGACACUGGCGCCCCUAUCAAGAUUCCAGUUGGCCCUGGCACCUUGGGCCGUAUUAUGAACGUCACUGGUGAUCCCAUUGAUGAGCGUGGCCCUAUCAAAGCUACCAAGAUGGCUCCCAUUCACGCUGAUGCCCCAGAAUUCACUGACCAAUCGACGACUGCUGAAGUACUCGUGACCGGCAUUAAAGUCGUGGAUCUUUUGGCUCCGUAUGCUCGCGGUGGAAAGAUUGGUCUCUUCGGUGGCGCUGGUGUCGGCAAGACUGUGUUUAUUCAGGAAUUGAUUAACAACAUUGCCAAAGCCCAUGGUGGUUACUCUGUGUUUACUGGUGUGGGCGAGCGGACCCGUGAGGGUAACGAUUUGUACCACGAAAUGCAAGAGACUUCCGUCAUUCAACUUGAUGGCGAGUCCAAGGUCGCCCUGGUGUUCGGUCAAAUGAACGAACCUCCUGGGGCCCGUGCUCGUGUUGCUUUGACUGGAUUGACUGUUGCUGAGUACUUCCGCGAUGAAGAAGGGCAAGAUGUGUUGCUUUUUAUCGACAACAUCUUCCGAUUCACUCAAGCCGGUUCCGAAGUGUCUGCUCUGCUUGGUCGUAUCCCCUCAGCCGUCGGUUACCAGCCUACUCUCGCCGUCGACAUGGGUCUGAUGCAGGAACGUAUCACCACUACUCAAAAGGGAUCUAUCACGUCUGUGCAGGCCGUGUAUGUGCCCGCCGAUGAUUUGACUGAUCCUGCCCCUGCCACCACCUUCGCUCACUUAGAUGCCACCACUGUGUUGUCUCGUGGUAUUUCUGAGUUGGGUAUCUAUCCUGCGGUCGACCCUCUUGACUCAAAAUCCCGAAUGUUGGAUCCCCGAGUUGUUGGCCAAGAACACUACGACACCGCCACCCGAGUUCAACAGAUGUUGCAAGAAUACAAGUCGCUCCAGGAUAUCAUCGCCAUUUUGGGUAUGGAUGAAUUAUCCGAAGCCGAUAAGCUGACUGUCGAACGUGCCCGAAAACUUCAGAGAUUCUUGAGCCAGCCUUUCACCGUCGCUCAGGUUUUCACUGGUAUCGAGGGGAAGCUUGUGGACCUCAAGGAUACUAUCAGCUCUUUCCAGAAGAUCAUCAACGGCGAAGGAGAUGAUCUACCCGAAGGUGCUUUCUACAUGGUGGGCGAUUUUGAAAGUGCCCGUGCGAAGGGUGAGAAGAUCUUGGCUGAACUUGAAAAGUCAUAA